AAACUGCUGCAAACAUGGAACCUACAAAACUUCUAAUUCUAAACUAAUAUAACAACAAAUUCUCAAUAAACAAAACCUUAAAAUUGAUGAAACAUACAAUAAAGUGAAAUAAUCAAAAUACAUGCUGCAAACGUGAUGGACGGUGGCCGUGUGGAGGAGCAAAGGAGGAGGUGACAGUGGCGCUGUGGAGGAGGAAACGAUGGCUAUGUGGAGGAGCAGAAGAGGUGACAAUGACGGAGAUUUGUGGAUGAGAGGAGAUGAGAGGAGAGGAAUGGGGCUGUGGAAGAAGAUGGGUUUUUUGUUAGGGCACAAUUGUCACAAGUAUCAUUCAGAGUUUAGUCAACUCCACCCAUGUAUGACUCGGUCAGACACAAAUAAGAGGCUGGGUAAGUUUUAAGAGAGGUGAAACAAACAAUCUGAAAUCUGACUCAAUCAGACAUGGGGUAUUAAGAGACUAUUAAGAUGCAAACAAACAGGGCCUAACUCAAGAUGCUGGUUUGGACUUUGGACGGAGAUUUCAUUUGGGUUUUUACUUUUUAGAACUCCAAAACACUUGAAAUCCCAAACCAAAAGCGAUGGGUAAUUUGGACGGAGAUUCUUCUGCUGUUCGGAAUGAAAAACCUGCAACAAGUAAUCGUCCCCUUUCUAUGGUUAAUCAACGCCCAAAACUGAUGUUUGUGAUAUAUGCUGGAAUACUUCUUAUGAUGUACAAUCCCAUGGUUCAGAUUCUUCGAUGGAAGUAUCAAGGAAGAAACGAAACCCCUUUCGAAACUCAGAGUUUCCUCAUCUAUACAUCUGUAUUUGCAUUUCUUAUCGCGGGUUUAACGUCAGCGUUUUCGCUUCAUUAUUAUCUAACAAACUCUACCAGAAAACAAUCCUUAUCUCCUUUGCUCUACAGGAUCAUUAACAUUGUGUUUCCCGUCUCGGCUGUUGUUGCUCAUCUCUCGCUCGUGUUGAUACUAAUCAUAGAUUGAAUUGGAUUAGGGACUAUGAAAUGGUUGUUAUGGUUGCUUGUGGUUUUCUGAGUGAUGUUACAAAGAUAACUGCUACCAGUUAGUUAUGAUGUUUUAUGUUAUAUAGUUAUGUAAUGUUAGUGUUAUUGAUUGAAUGCCUCGGAUCCAGGCGUACCAAAUCUCACAUUUUGAA